AAGUAUUUCAUGGAGCACAGACGAAACCAAUGUUUUAAAAUUUUUAUAUCGUUAAAAACAUGGCAAACACAGGCUUAUUGCCUUUUGUGCGUGGUGUUGAUUUCACUUGCAAUGACUUUAGUGGCGACAAAUUUCCCGAUGCAAUUCGUUACAUGACCGGGCUUCAAUGGCUCAGGCUUGAUAAAACAAAUUUAGAGGAAAUUCCUGAGGAAUUAGGAAAGCUUAUGAAAUUGGAAAAUUUGUCUUUGAAGAAGAAUAACUUAGAAAAGUUAUUUGGAGAAUUGACAGAAUUAAAAUGUUUGCGUUCAUUAAAUGUAAGGCACAACAAUGUGAAAAGCUCAGGAAUACCAGCUGAAUUGUUUCGUUUAGAAGAAUUGACAACUUUAGACCUAUCUCAUAAUAGAUUAAAAGAAGUACCUGAAGGAUUAGAAAAAGCCAAAUCCCUUCUUGUUCUAAACCUUAGUAAUAAUAAAAUUGAAUGUAUACCGCCGACACUGUUUGUUCAGCUGACAGAUCUAUUGUUUCUAGAUCUUUCUAAUAACUCUCUGGAAACUCUUCCUCCUCAAACUAGAAGACUGGCUAAUCUGCAAACACUUAUACUUAAUGAUAACCCACUUGGACUAUUUCAGUUGAGACAGUUACCAUCACUACAGAGUCUGGAGACUCUACAUAUGCGUAAUACACAGAGAACCCUAGCAAAUCUACCAACGUCCCUUGAAACUCUUUGCAACUUGUCUGAUGUGGACUUAUCCAAAAAUGCGCUAACAAAAGUACCUGAUGCGCUCUAUUCCUUACAAAACUUGAAAAGGCUCAAUCUAAGUGAUAAUGAAAUCACCGAAAUUUCGACAGCGAUGGACAUUUGGCAAAAACUGGAAAGUUUUAAUCUGUCACGUAAUAAGUUGACCGUGCUGCCAGCUUCGUUGUGCAAGCUACAAAACUUGAGACGACUCCACGUGGAUGACAACAAACUGGACUUCGAGGGUAUACCUUCCGGUAUAGGCAAGCUCGGUAACUUGGAAGUAUUCUCCGCUGCUAACAAUGCUCUAGAAAUGAUACCCGAAGGACUAUGCAGAUGCGGAUCCUUAAAGAAACUUAAUCUGAGUUGUAAUAAGCUGAUCACGUUACCGGACGCGAUACAUUUACUGAGUGACCUUGAGAGUUUACAACUACACGGUAAUCCAGACCUCGUAAUGCCGCCGAAGCCCGUGGAGAGGCCCCGCGGCGCCGGCCUCCAGUACUAUAAUAUCGACUUCUCUCUGCAAACCCAGUUGCAACUGGCGGGCGCAGCGACGCCGGAACUUUCGGCGCCCUGCUUGUCGGGUGCCAAGUCGGACCCUAUAGCGCGCAAGCUGCGCCUGCGCCGCGGGCGCGCCGAGCCCGAGCAGCGCGACUCGGCGCUCAUCCUGCGCGGCAUGCAGGAGCAGGCCAACACGCAGCACGCCGCGCGCGACGGCGACCUGCCGCACAGCGAGCUCAAACCAAAACGCUGGGAUGAAAGCUUAGAAAAACCACCGUUGGAUUACUCCGAAUUCUUCGACGAAGACACCGGACAGACGCCCGGGUUACAGAUUUGGGAAAUCGAGAACUUCAUACCGGCUCCCGUCGACGAGGUCGCACAUGGAAAAUUCUUCGAAGGCGAUUGCUACAUCAUAUUGAAAACGUCCAUCGAGGAACAGGGGCAACUCUCGUGGGAUAUACAUUUUUGGAUCGGUUCCAAGGCAACUCUAGACAAGGGCGCGUGCGCGGCCAUGCACGCCGUGAACCUGCGCAACCUGCUGGGCGCCAAGCGCACGCAGCGCCACGAGCAGAACGACGAGUCGCCCGAGUUCCUGGCGCUGUUCCCCACGCCGCCCGUCUACAUCAACGGCAGCCGCACUCCCUCGGGCUUCUUCACCGUGGACGACCCGCACUACGUGACGCGCCUGUACCGCGUGCACGGCGCAGGCAGCUCCAUACACCUGGAGCCCGUCGCCGUGCGCGCCACCUCGCUCGACCCGCGAUACGUGUUCGUGCUGGACACCGGCCUCGUCAUAUACUUGUGGACCGGUAAAAAGGCGAAAAACACGUUGAAAUCAAAGGCGCGGCUUUUCGCGGAGAAGAUAAACAAGGAGGAGAGAAAAAACAAGGCGGAAUUAAUAUCGGAGCUCCCUGGAAAAGAAUCGAGAGGAUUUUUGCAGAUUCUGGAAUAUACGGAUGAAGAACCUUUCGUGGCUGAGGAGCACGUGCCGGAGGAGUUCACGUGGUCGCCUCCGCGGCUGUACCGCGUCGAGCUCGGCAUGGGCUACCUGGAGCUGCCGCAGGCAGGCGGAGUGCUGGAGCGGAACAUCCUCGCCACGAGGAACGUCUACAUACUGGACGCGCACCAGGACUUGUUCGUUUGGUUCGGCAAGAAGUCGUCGCGGCUGGUGCGCGCGGCGGCGGUGAAGUUGGCGCAGGAGCUGUUCGGCAUGGCGCCGCGCGAGCCGCACGCGCUCGUCACGCGCCUGCAGGAGGGCACCGAGACGCAGGUGUUCAAAACAUACUUCCUGGGCUGGGAGGAGGUGAUCGCAGUGGACUUCACUCGUACGGCGGAGUCUGUGGCGCGCACAGGCGCAGAUCUCGCCUCCUGGGCCAAGCAGCAGGAGACCAAGACGGAUCUUUCAGCGCUGUUUACACCCCGGCAACCAGCAAUGUCAGCGACGGAAGCCAAAACAUUGGCAGACGAAUGGAACGAGGAUCUAGAAGCUAUGGAAGCUUUCGUACUAGAGGGACGACAUUUCGUUCGUCUGCCUGACCAGGAGCUGGGCAUCUUCUACAGUUGCGAUUGCUACGUGUUCCUAUGUAGAUAUGUGGUUCCUGCUGAGGCGGAGGACGAUAGCUCCGGUUCGGGUGCAGCGGAGGUGGAGGCGGAAGCAGAGGCGGAGGCAGAGAGCGCGUCGUGGGUGGUCUACUUCUGGCAGGGCCGGCGGGCGCCCAACAUGGGCUGGCUGACCUUCACCUUCGGCCUGGAGCGCAAGUUUAAACAGCUGUGUCGUCGCCUGGACGUUGUGCGCACGCACCAGCAGCAGGAGAGCCUCAAAUUCAUGGCACACUUCCGGAGGCGGUUCAUCAUACGAGACGGGAAGAGGAAUCAGAAACCGACGGGCGAGCGGCCGCCGGUGGAGCUGUUCGAGCUACGCAGUAACGGCUCUGCGCUGUGCACGCGCCUCGUGCAGGUGAAGGCUGACGCCGCCAACCUCAACAGCGCCUUCUGCUACAUACUGAACGUGCCACUUGAAGGCUCCAAGGAGCAGUCUUCGGCAAUCGUGUACGCGUGGAUCGGUAGCAAAAGUGAUGCGGACUCCGCGAGACUCAUAGAACAAAUCGCCGACGAGAAGUUCAACAACCCUUGGGUCAGCCUACAGGUGUUAGCCGAAGGCAGUGAGCCUGACAACUUUUUCUGGGUUGCGCUUGGCGGACGGAAGCCGUACGACUCGGACGCCGACUAUCUUAACUUCACACGUCUGUUCCGAUGCUCCAAUGAGAAGGGAUAUUUCACUGUAUCCGAAAAAUGUACAGAUUUUUGCCAGGACGACUUAGCAGAUGACGAUAUAAUGAUAUUGGACAAUGGUGAGCAAGUGUUUCUGUGGCUUGGAGCUCGGUGUUCCGAGGUUGAAAUCAAGCUGGCAUAUAAAUCUGCUCAGGUAUACAUCCAACACAUGAAGACGAUGCAGCCAGACAGAACGCGGAAACUGUUUCUCACACUGAAGGACAAGGAGUCGCGACGGUUCACUAAGUGCUUCCAUGGUUGGGGAGAGCACAAGAGGCCUCCUGAAUAACAUGAUCAAUUCUUCUCGUUAUUUAUAAAAGUCCAUAUAAAAAAAUAUUUAUCAAACAAAUAAGAAAGAAUUUCAUUUACUGGUUCUGAUUCUGCUGUAUCUCUUAAUUUACAGGCUUAAUCAUUUUUAUAUCUCUUUUUCGAUUCAAUUCGAUUCGAUUCAAGGGACAAAAAAAGGCCAUCAAAUAAAGCAUUAUGCUUUAAGGAAAAUAUAGUCAUUUAAAUUUGUUCAGUUGUCAAUUGUAUACAACAGAAUCAAAACCAUUGGGAAGUUCAUUGAUAAAAAUAUAGGUGAAAUAUAUAUAAUUCAACGAUAUCUUCGUAUUAUCAUAUUGUAAAAUUGUAUGACAACUUUUAAUUUUUACAUUUAAAUUAUUGACAUAAAUUUUUUCUACUGUUAUUUUGAAAGAAUUUGAAAAAUAUUUCUAAAUCGGUAAAAAUAAGAAAUAACAAUAUAGCUCAUCCUUUGGUGUAUCAUAACCACAAUGUAAACAUAUAAAUCAUAUUUUAUUUGCACUAUUUACGCUUUUUUUAAUCUUAUCAGUUAAAAUGUAUUCCUCAAUGCUAAAGACUACAGAACAUAAUUGCUUUUAAUGUAAUAAUUACGGUAUAAUAUCCAUGCUCUUUGCUUCAAUUUUAUCAUCAUAAUACAAGACAAUUACUGUGGGUAGGGCCAAUUGGUCUAGGGAGUUGUCACCUAGUAAAUAGUUGUUCCAAAACUACACACCAAUGCUUUACAUUACUCGUAAGGAAUGAUGAAUAAUUUCACACAAGGAAUUUAACGUCUCGGACACCACAACCAUUGUUCUAUCAUAAGAAGGUCUUUAUUUCAAAGGCAAGUGGAGUAAAGAUAAACAAACCUUAGAUUUACAUUUUCAAUGUGAUUUGCUAAUGUUUCUAAUAUAUUAUGAACUAAAAACAGUCCUUGAUUUAUAUAUAACUUAACUGCUUAUAUCUACUUUAUAUUACCUACAAAGUUUACAACUUUACAAUUUUUUUCAUGAAUACCAAGACUAUUUUGAUUACAUCCAUCAUUGGAUGUAAUCAAAAGAGUCGUAUCAAAAUAAAAUCGUAGUUGUUAAUUUACCUUUACUCCUCCGGCUAUUGGAAUCUAUUACAGACCAGUUCCAUUUUUUGGGAAUAGUAAUAAAUAUCUGGUUUGUAUAUAUGUACUGCAGUGCCUACUCAACUACGACUCUAUUGUUUGAUGAUUACUAUUUAUAUAAAUUAAAAUACUUGACGGCAGUAUUGCUUUUCUGAAAUACAGUAUAAUAUAUCUUUAGACAAAAUAUGUAUUCAGUAUUGAAUUAGUUAAAAUAUAUACAUUUUUAUUCACAGGCAAGUAUACAUGUCUGAGCGUUUCUGAACAUUGGAGAUUUUAUUUAAAAAGUCAAUCCUUUUUAGGAUAAGACCAAACUAUUUACAGUUUAGUAAAACCUCUUUUAUAAUAGUAAUAUAUCAAUGUGAAACAACACAACAAUAUUAAUAAUGAAAAUUUUAUAAAUGUUAAGUAUUAUUUAUCACAAACUCAUAU